AAAGCAGCUAAGCUCACACCGCUCUUCUUAAAAAACGCACCCUAUUCUUCCCUAUUUGCAUCGCAUUUGUUCUUGAAUCUCUUGGUAUUCCUCUCUCCCAAAGAGAGUCUCUCAGAGAGAGAGAGAAAGAGAGAGAGAGAAAAGAAAGAGAAUUAAGAAGAGAAUAAUAUGUUCCAACACAAGAAGCCCUCAACUAUGAAUGCCCAUGACAGACCUAUGUGUGUUCAAGGUGACUCUGGCCUUGUCCUCACAACAGACCCCAAACCUCGUCUCCGCUGGACAGUUGAGCUCCAUGAACGCUUUGUCGAUGCCGUCACUCAGCUUGGAGGACCAGAUAAGGCAACACCAAAGACGAUCAUGAGAGUUAUGGGCGUGAAGGGCCUUACACUUUACCACCUCAAGAGCCACCUUCAGAAAUUCAGGCUUGGAAAGCAGCCUCACAAGGAAUUCAAUGAUCAUUCGAUUAAGGAUGGUAUGAGAGCUUCAGCUCUUGAACUUCAACGAAAUACGGCAUCUUCUUCUGCCAUGAUAAGCCGCAGUAUGAAUGAGAUGCAAAUGGAGGUGCAAAGAAGACUUCAUGAACAAUUGGAGGUCCAGAAACAUCUCCAAUUGCGAAUUGAGGCUCAAGGAAAGUACAUGCAAAGCAUAUUGGAAAAAGCUUGUCAAACUCUUGCUGGUGAAAACAUGGCAUCUGGAAGCUACAAGGGUAGUAUUGUAAAUCAAGGUGUUCAUCCUCAUCCUCAUCCUCAUCAUCAUCAUCAUGACAUGGGAUCAACCAUGAAAGAUUUCAGCUCUCCUCUUGGCUUUCCAUCUUUUCAAGACCUUAACAUCUAUGGAGGUGGUGACCAACUUGAUCUUCAACAGAACAUGGAAAGGUCAUCAUCCAUGGAUGGCUUCUUACCAAAUAAUAAUAGUAAUGAUACUCUUUGUCUGGGAAAGAAGAGGGCUAGUCCUUAUAGUGGCAGUGGAAAGAGCCCUUUGAUUUGGUCCGAUGAUCUUCGGCUCCAGGACUUGGGAACAGCCGCAUCCUGUCUUGGACAACCGGAUGAUCCUUUCAAAGGCGAUCAGAUUCAGAUGGCGCUGCCGUCGUCCACCGAGAGAGGAAGCGAGAUUGAUUCCUUGUCUGACAUUUAUGAGACAAAGCCAGUAAUCUCAUCAUCAGGUGAUCAUAUGGGGGAGAAGAAGUUCGACGGAGCUGGAACAAAACUUGAAAGGCCCUCACCAAGAAGAGCUCCUCUCAGUGAUAGGAUGAGCCCUAUGAUUCAAGGAAGAAAUUCACCUUAUGGUUGAAUUAGCAUUGAUCGUACUAAUCAUGGUUUAGAUACGUAAGUUGAUCCACAUAUAUAUUAUAUUAAACUCUCUCAAGCAUAUGGUCGAUGAGGUCUUAUUAGGGUUUUGACCAUCAAGGUUAAAUGUUAGUCUUAUAUAUAUAUUCACGAUUAGGGUUUCUAUAUACCGAGUGUAUGAUAAAUGCCAUGCAUGGCAAACCCAUCAAAUUACAUUUUCAAGUUAACAUGAACAUUGUAUUAAUUUUAUUGUUA